AAAGCCUUUUUAUGGCUUUGGCAACAGCACCAGCCAACCCUUUUUGAUGCGCGGUAUACUUUGAAUGCCGUUGCUGUCAUUCCCAUUGCUUCAUCUCUCAUCACGUUAGCGAACUCUGCGUUCUGUUGUUUGGAGGUGUAACCUUUCCAGCAAUGACUACACACGCAUUAGAGGGAGACAUCAACGCUGCCGUUCGUAUGGACGGCCCCAUCAGUAAAGGCCCCCUGCCUCGGUGGCAGAAGAAAGCAUUGGAGUCGUCGGGCCAGGGCGGGUCGUUCUUGUCGACUUCGGCACUCAUGGCUUCAUCUUUCAAUGCCUCUGCAGCAUUAAGCAACAUAUCAUCGAGCAAAACACCAUCAAAAACCCCACGACGAACGCCAGGCAAAUCUAAUCACAGCCUGAAAAGAACACCCAAGACGUCUCCCAAUGGGAGCAAUGGCAGUCAAGGGGAUCGCUUCAUUCCCAACCGUCACAACAUGCAGUUUGACGUUGCAAACUAUCUCCUGACACAUGACAACCUGGAAAAUGCGGGCAGCGUUGCAGAGGCGGACUAUAAGGCUGUUGUGGAUGAGCAGCUCAACACGGAUUUCUCCAACUUUCGUAUCAUGUCCUACUCCAAUAAGGCCCCUCCUCCUCCCGAAGGACACGCUGGGAACCGCAUCCUGUACAGUUCUUCCAAGGCUCCAGUUUCAUCCAAGAAAUAUACCAGGUCCAUUCCCAAGGCUCCAGAAAGGAUAUUGGAUGCACCAGACAUUCAGGACGACUUUUAUUUAAACCUAGUUGACUGGUCCGCAACAAACUCCGUCGCCGUGGCCCUCUCCUCUCAACUGUACCUGUGGAACGCCACCUCUGGCAACGUCAGCCAAUUGGCCGAGCUGGAGGAAGGCACCGUCUGCGCCGUGUCCUGGUCGGAGGACGGUACCUACCUCGCCCUGGGUACUUCCGAGAACGAGGUACACCUGUGGGACGUGGCCCGGAGCAAGCGUCUUCGGGUGCUGACGGGCCACUCUAGACGGGUCGGGUCCCUGUCCUGGAACGGACCUCUUCUCUCGAGCGGGGCGAGAUCGGGGUACGUCCACCAUCACGACGUGAGGGUGUCCCAACAUCAUGUUGGGACGCUAAAAGCGCAUCAGCAGGAGGUAUGUGGUCUAAAGUGGUCACCAGAUGGCAGGUUCUUGGCCACAGGGGGGAAUGACAACAUCCUCAACAUAUGGCCCUCGGCCCUGAGCCACGAUACUGUGCAGCCCAUGCACGUCUUCAACCAUCACCAGUCUGCUGUCAAGGCAUUGGCCUGGUGUCCCUGGAGACCCAGCGUCUUGGCAAGUGGUGGUGGGACAGCGGAUCGUUGUAUCCGUUUCUGGAAUUGCAACCUCGGUGCUCACUUGAGCUCAACGGACACCAAUUCGCAGGUUUCUUCGCUGUUAUGGUCCGAAGAGUACCACGAGCUGAUUUCCGGACAUGGCUUUGCUCAGAACCAGCUCAUAAUCUGGAAGUACCCCUCCAUGACCAAAGUGGCAGAGCUCACGGGUCACACUGGUCGCGUGCUCAAUAUGUGCAUGAGCCCGGACGGCACGACUGUGCUGUCUGCUGGUUCCGACGAAACUCUUCGACUCUGGAACUGUUUUGCGCUCGAUCCGAGCCGCAAGAAGCAGAAGCAGCUCUCUCAAGUUCCCAGCGGUACGUCCGGUGUUCUCAGACAAAGCAUCCGGUAACGGCUCUGCAGCUAUUUAGCUUCAUUAAAGGGACUCUGCAACGGCAUUUUCAUCCUCGCAAAUCAUGUUAGUUCAGCUUGAGCUUUUCUAAAAAGUGUUUUCAAUGUGUGCCCAUCUUGCGCGAGGACGUUUUAAUAAAUUCUUGCAAGCGGUA